AUGGGCGGCCCCGGCGCCGUGCGCCUCCCGCUCCUCCUCUCCGUCGUCCUAGCCGCCUCCCUCUACCGCGGCGCCGCGGCCCCGUCGCCGGUGUACGACACGGACGGGCACGAGCUGAGCGCCGACGCGGACUACUACGUGCUCCCGGCCGGCCAAGGGAGCGGGAGCGGCGGCGGCGGGCUCACCAUGGCGCCCAACGUGUUCCGGUGCCCGCUCUUCGUGGCGCAGGAGGCCGACCCGCUCCGCAGGGGCUUCCCCGUGCGCCUCACCCCGCUGCACGGCCACGGCGGCGACCGCACCGUGCGCGUCUCCUUCGACGUCGCCGUCCACUUCGCCGCCGCGACGACGUGCGUGCAGACCACCGAGUGGCACGUCGCCGGCCGCGGCGACGAGGACGUGAGCGGCGCCCGCCGGCACGUUGUCACCGGCCCGGUCCUGGCCCCGACCGCGGGCGGCCGGGAGAGGGUGUUCCGCGUCGAGGGGCACCGCCACGGGUACAGGCUGGCGUGGUGCGGGGUCCCGACCGAGUGCGAGGAGCUGGGCGUGUUCAGGGACGACAGGGGCCGCGCGUGGCUCACCGUGUCCGACGACCAGCCGCAUGUGGUCGUGUUCAAGAAGGCGCCGCCCGUACCGGCGUGACGGGGGUUCCUCUUGUAGCGUGCGUGAGCGUGUGCGUGCCGAAUAAGAAGGCGCUUGUUCCGUUACUAGCGACGAACUUUGCUGUUGUGUUACGUGUACGGUAUACAAGAGGUUCUGUA